AUGCCGUACCGCAGUCCAGCUUCAAUCUUAGUUUGCCUCUUUUUGGUGUACAGUGUUGCUCGUGGUGCACCGAAUGACGGAAAAUAUAACCCGAGAAAGUACAGCAAAAAUGGAAAAUAUGUACACAGAGGUGACGGGACAGGAGAUUACGUGGAGGACUUGAACCGGUACCGAUAUGUGCAUUACGAUGAUGGCGAUCGGGGCAGGUACUUCCACAUACACAUACCGUACGAUGGAGGCUAUGGGAACUAUGAAGGUGGGCACGAACCUUACCGUUACCCGCCCUAUGAUCCUGCGGGAGAAUACGCCGAACAAGUGAACAAGUAUUCGUACGAUCCGUUCCGAGCGAAUUCGUACGACAUUCAGAAACCUUCCAUCUACCUCGAGUACGGUGUUCCCUCCGUGUCGGAAACAAACACCGCAUCCAGUGUAGUUGAUGUCCGGAAAUCGUUACUUCCCGGCCUCGGUACGGCGUAUCUACCCGUACCCGAAUCGGACGAGCUGGACGUACGUAAAUCGCUUCUUCCCGGCCCUGGAACGGCGUACCUUCCCGUGCUGAAGCCCGAGGAGCAAAGCCUCACCGUCGGUUUAUCCGAAAAGCGACCGAAAGUGCUUCCCCAUCCCAACAGCAUCGAUGGUGUCGAUCACCUGACGACGGCGAGCCAUGAUAGCUCGUUGCGUGCCGCAACGACACAGGCCCCGAUUGAGACGACCACCGUCCCUAAUAUAGGCACCGAUCAGCCGACCGACGGUUCGCUCCACAACCAACCCUGUUUCGCUACAAGCGGCCCGCUGAAACUCGUAACCAAAGCGUGA